AGAAUGGCUCCCUUACUCGUUACCACAUUCUCAUGAUUCACCAAAACACACAGUUUCUCACCUCAUACUUCCCCACUUGCAUCACUCCUUAGUUAGGACACCAUAUAUACAUCUUGUCUUCAUCUUCACCUUCAUCUUCUUGACUCGAACCGGCUCCCAUGGCUGCAGAGAAAUGUGGAGUGUGCCCAUUUGAGGCCAUGGAUCUACUUUGGUUUCACCAGAUUGUUACUUCAUCAAAAUCACCAACAAAAAACAUCUCCCAAAAUUCAGCCAUAGUGUCAAACCAAGAAAUCUCUUCAUCAUCUCCUCCGGUAGCAUCCUCAGAGGUGGAGAACAAGAGACAAGAAAGUGAAGAAUCUGCUACUACUACUACUAGUAAAUCUCACUCAUCUUCACCGACAACAAGAACAUCAAUGAGGAAAUCUCGAAGCUCAGUCGAUCUCGAGCUUCAAGAAGUUAAAGGGUUCAUGGAUUUAGGGUUUGUUUUCAAAAAACACAACUUAAGCAACCAUGUCAUUAGCUUGAUCCCUGGAUUGCAACGAAUCAAAUCUCAAGAUGAUCAAGAUUUAGAGAUUCUUGAUGAAGAAGAGAAAGAAGAAAAAUUGAUGAUGCCAUAUUUGUCAGAAUCAUGGCUUGUGAAAUUGCCAGAUUCUCCAUUGAUACUAAGUUUAAGGAUUUCGAGGGUUUGUAAUGAUUCGGACAAGGUGAAGAAGCACUUGAAGGAUUGGGCUCGAACGGUCGCAGCAACCGUCCACCAUGAGUCUUGAUCGAUGGUCGGAAUAUCCAACUAGGCUGCUCUUGUAGAUUCUACAUCUGAUGAAAUAGUAUGGACAUUGAGUACAAACCUAUCACACAUCAGGUGUUACUCAACAACGGAGACGCAAAUCACACAUUUAUAUAAGUACUGUAUUUACGAAAAUGUUACAUUAAAAAAGUUUAAAAGUGGUAUGUGCUUUAUUGUGUA